CCAUUUGCCGCUCAGCCGUCAACACAAAUACGCGAUAAACAAGUUUUUUUUAAUGAUAGACAUUAGACUUUAGACGUUUGUUUUUUUUUCCCUGCUCCGACCGUGGGCCAGCUAUACCGAAACAAGUGGGUGUCCAAUCGAGAUAAUACCGUUCGAAUUAUUUACGGUGACUGUUUUGCCGUUUUCGUGUGCAUGCGAUCGUGUCGUGUCCAUGUCAGUGAUUUAAUUAUUAAUUUUUGAUACCCUGCCCGCAAAGUUGUGUCCCGGUUGGGUUUUCGUUUUUAUUUUUGACGAUCUUCGGUUCUUCAGCGUGCGUGUCAAACUCUACACGUCCAGAGCCCACAGACUGUCCGGAGAGACCCAGAACGCUGCCCAUCUACGACCGACAUUAUGGCAGAAGUUCAAGAUGCUACUAAUGUUGGUAAACCAGUACCAAUAGUUUUGGCUGAAGAAGAUCAUCAGUUCGUACUCGAUGAAGAAGCUCUUGAAAGUAUUCUUUUGAAGGAUGAUAUUAAAGAUCGAAAUGUUGUUGUGGUGUCUGUUGCUGGAUCUUACCGAAAAGGGAAAUCAUUUUUAAUGGAUUUUGUUCUCCGAUACAUGAAAGCCACAUAUCAUUUAAACCUAAUAAAUGAAGAUGCACAUUGGAUUGGUUCAGAUGAUAAGCCAUUGGAUGGCUUUUCCUGGCGUGGCGGAUCUGAUAGAGAUACUACAGGUAUUCUUAUGUGGUCUGAAGUAUUUAAAGCCACUUUAAACGAUGGUGAAAAAGUAGCUAUCGUACUACUAGAUACCCAAGGUACAUUUGAUAGUGAAAGUACAGUCAAAGAUUGUGCCACAGUCUUUGCAUUAAGCACUCUGCUUAGCUCAAUCCAAAUAUAUAACCUAAAAUUUAAUAUACAAGAAGAUGAUUUACAACAUCUACAACUGUUCACUGAAUAUGGUCGUUUAGCACUUGAAGAUUCUGGUACAAAACCAUUCCAGAAAUUACAAUUCUUGGUUAGAGACUGGAGUUUUCCAUAUGAAGCUGAAUAUGGUGCAGAAGGCGGGAAAAAAAUAUUAGACAAAAGACUGCAAAUAUCGGACAAACAACACCCUGAACAUCAGUCUCUAAGAAAACACAUUAAAUCGUGUUUUUCUGAUAUUGGUUGUUAUUUAAUGCCUCACCCUGGUCUAAAUGUUGCUACUAAUCCCAACUUUGAUGGAAAACUAUCUGAUAUUGAACCAGAGUUUAAAAAAAACCUUAUAACUCUAAUACCGAUGUUGUUAAGUCCAAACCAGUUAAUUUUAAAAGAAAUUGGUGGACAAAAAAUAAAAGCAAAAGAGUUGGUCCAUUAUUUCAAAGCAUAUAUUAAACUGUGUACUGGAGCAGAACUUCCAGAACCAAAAUCUAUGUUUGAUACCACAGCUGAAGCUAACAAUUUAUCCGCUGUCGCAUCUGCUCGAGAAGUGUAUCGCUCUAUGAUGGAUACUAUUUGUGGUGGUAACAGACCAUAUUUAAAUUCUAACUCACUAGACGUUGAACACUUUAAAAACAAAGAUAUUGCAAUAGAACAAUUCAUCGCUAAAAGAAAAAUGGGUGGUGAUGAAUUUUCGGAAUCUUACAAAUUUAAAUUAGAAAAUGAUAUCGAUGAAGACUUCUUAAAAUUUAAAUCACAAAAUGAAAGCAAGAACGUAUUUAAAUCUGCACGUACACCAGCAGUAUUCUUUUCAGUUGCAGUUGUUUGUUAUUUCAUAUCUGGAUUAUUUAACUUCUUUGGAAUAUACUCUGUAGCCAGUGGUAUUAACUUAAUAAUGGGUCUUGCUCUUCUAAUUCUUAUAUUAUGGUCAUAUAUAAGGUAUAGUGGAGUACAUAGUGAACUAGGAUCAACUAUUGAUGAUGCUGCUAAUAUUAUGUGGGACAAUUUUUUGAAGCCAACCUAUGAAAUUUUUCUUCAAAAAGGUUUAGAACAGGCCACUAACCAAGCUAUCAACAUAGCGGUGAAUAACACAACAUCUCCUAUUACUGGUGUUCAGUCGCCAUUUGUAAAAAGGCCAAUGCAAAGGAUGAAUUCCCAUAUCGAGAUGAAUGACAGGUUUAAACAGACAUGAUAUAAUAUUGCCUCGUGGCGUUAAGUCGUAUCAUAAAUGGCACACAUAUGUCAACUUUCUGUGAUUAUAUAUAUUAUUUUUUUUUUAUAUAUAUAUAAAAUGUUAUACCUAUCUACUUGUAUGUUAAAUUCAUUAUGUUUAUCAUCAUUUUUAAAUGUUAAUGUGUAUUAAUAGUUAAUACUAUUUAUUGUGUUGAAUACAUAAAUAUUGUUUCAUUAUUUUUCAAGCAAAUAAUACAUUUUGUUUCAAGGAAAUUUCUACCCUAGAUCUAUUUUAACAAUACAAAAAAUAGUAACACUUUUAUUACGUAACAUCUAGUUUUAAUUAUUUUAUUAAAACAUUUUGUAUCAUUUAAUAGACAUAUUCAAUUCAACAAUCAUUUUUAUAUUAUCUGAUCUUGAUAAUUUUUAAUUAGCAAAUCCCAUUUUAGUCUUCCAAAUAUAUUUUAAUUGUCAUUUUUCUUAGAUAAAUUGCUCAAAUCACAGGGAUUAGAACCAAGCCGUAAAAUUUCUUAUACUCAGCUAUAUUAAUUUUGUUUUAAUAUUUUUAUUAACAUACGGCUUAUUGUUAGGUCCGUUAUGCCUUAAUCGCCAAUAAUGUAUUCGCAAUAAUAAUAAUUAAUAACUAAUGAAAUAAAAUAGAAUAAAAUUUAAUUAAGUUAUUGUAUUUCCGAUUUUUAAUUUAUGUUAAUAAUGGAUUAUACUAUUGUUUUAUAUAAAAAAACAUUAAACGCAACGGUUUAUUGGUAAAGAAUUAUAAUAUAUUAAUUAAUUUCAUUGCCUAAAUAUAUGUAAAUCAAUAACCAUUUUACUAUGGAUUUAAGAUUAAAUUGUAUGUACAUAAAUAUUACUAUUUUAAGUGCCAUGGAUGUUAAGUUAAGUACGGGACUGUUAUUUUUUUCUGGAUUUAUGUUAUAGCAAAAAAUAAUAUUAAAAACAAGGGUUAUAUUAUUUAUUUUUGUAAUAUUCAUAAUCAUAUUUGAGCGAAUGGUAUUUUAUUGUAUGUAAAAAUAGAGCAAUCAAAAUUAAGAUAUUUGUUCCAAUAUAAUGUGAGUGUGCAACUUUAAUUUUAUGUGAGUACAAGUUGUAUGUUAAAAAUACCAGAUGUUUUGUAUUUAGAAUAUUACAUUUUUAGUGUCAGACACUGAUUGUCAAUGUUUUGGGUGUUUAGGUUGUUGUGUUCAUAAUUUUAUGAUUAAAUGUAUGUUCUAUAUUUUUAAUGAAGCAUA